CGGCCGCCCGAUGAGGGGCCCGCCGCCGUCCGGCCAUGAACGCGCAGCUGGCCCUGGAGGCGCUGGGGGACCUGUCGGGGCUGAGCCAUGAGGCGGUGGGCGGCCCGGCGGGCGAGCUGCUGAGCGGCGCCCACCCCCGCGGGCCGGCGGCCCACCGCGCCGCGCCGCUGGCCGCUCCCCCGCGCCCGCUGGCCAUGGCCGGCCUGCUGGACGGCGGCGCCGCCGACUACCCGGGCCCGGCCGCCGCGCCCCCGGCCCGGGGCCCGGACCCCGCGCUGGCCGGCGCCCUGCACCCCACCCUGACCAUGGCGUGCGAGACGCCCCCGGGCCUGGGCGGCAGCGGCUCCUACACCACGCUGACGCCCCUGCAGCCGCUGCAGCCGCUGCCCCCCAUCUCCACCGUGGCCGACAAGUUCCCCCCGCCCGCGCCGCCCCCGCACCACCACCACCACCAUCACCACCACCACCACCACCACCACCCGCACCCGGCCGCGCCGCACCCGCACCCGCACCCGCACCCGGCGCCGCACCCGCCGCCGGCCCCGCACCCGCCGCCGGCCCCGCACCCGCCGCAGCGGCUGGCCGGCGGCGGCCUCAACGGCGGCUUCGCCCUCCUGCGGGACGAGCGGGGGCUGGCGUCCCUCAACGGGCUCUACCCGCCGCCCUACCCCAAGGACGUGGCCGGGCUGGGCCCCGGCCUGUCGCCGCUGGCGGGGUCGGGGCUGGGCGCGCUGCACGGGCCGCAGCCGGGCCUGCCCCCGUACGCCGACAAGAUGCUCCCGCCGAACGGCUUCGACGGCCCGCACCCGGCGCUGCUGGGCCGGCACGGCGAGCAGCAGCCCCUCGGCCCGCCGUCGGCCGGCCUGGUGCCCCUCAACGGGCUGCCCCCGCACCCGCACGCCCACCUGGGCGCCCCGGGCCCCGGGCAGGUGCUGGGCGGCGGGCGGGAGGCCCCCCCGGCGGGGCCCGGCUCCGGGCCCCACGGCCCCGGCCCCCACGGCCCCGGCCCCCACGGCCCCGGCCCCGGCCCCGGCCCCGCCGAGGAGAUCAACACCAAAGAGGUGGCCCAGCGCAUCACCACCGAGCUCAAGCGCUACAGCAUCCCCCAGGCCAUCUUCGCGCAGAGGGUGCUGUGCCGCUCCCAGGGCACCCUGUCCGACCUGCUGCGCAACCCCAAGCCCUGGAGCAAGCUCAAGUCCGGCCGGGAGACCUUCCGGAGGAUGUGGAAAUGGCUGCAGGAGCCCGAGUUCCAGAGGAUGUCCGCGCUCCGCCUGGCAGCCUGCAAAAGGAAAGAACAAGAGCACGGGAAGGACCGAGGAAACACCCCCAAAAAGCCCAGGUUGGUCUUCACGGAUGUCCAGCGUCGAACUCUACAUGCAAUAUUCAAGGAAAAUAAGCGUCCAUCCAAAGAAUUACAAAUCACCAUUUCCCAGCAGCUAGGCUUGGAGCUGAGCACCGUCAGCAACUUUUUCAUGAAUGCAAGGAGGAGGAGUCUGGAUAAGUGGCAGGAUGAGGGCAGUGCCAAUUCAGGCAAUUCAUCUUCUUCAUCAAGCACUUGUACCAAAGCAUGAAGGAUUAACCACGGACUCAAACCUCGGUGGAAAAGCUUUAAAUUAAAUAAAAAUUUUUAAAAACCCCAGAAGACAAAGACUGGAACCUCAAGAGAGCAGGUUUAUACUAUUUGAAAAAAAAAAUAUUUAUAAGUCCAAAGAAACCAAAGACUUAGCUCACCUGCAUUUUCGACUUUGUUUCCGGAACUCACACUUCGGCAAGGGGACGGCUCGGCCAAUGGACGAACAAGCCGCUGGGUCUUACGCCUUCAGCUCACGAUCAUUUCUUGGUACUUGCCUGGUCCGUGGGUUGGAGGGCCGUGAUUUCUCGCAGUCGAAUGGUCACCUCAUCCGAUCCAGCGCUUUCAUCGCCGGCCAUGCCCCACCCAGGUGGCUGGGGGGUCUUCGCACUGUGCACACAGGCCGGGGUUUAGGGACUUGGUCAGGGCCGGUCUUCGGGAAGGGUUGGGAUGGCGGAACCACGGGUGUGCGGCGGCGUCUGCAUUCAUUGGGACGGUGGUGUGAUUUCGCUCCUUUAUCGUUUGAACCUGCCUGGCAAGAGCCCUGCGUGCGGGUUCAAACCCGGCAGAGAAAUUUGGAACCAGUGCAUUCUCUUUGUUUGUUAAGGGAUGUUCAGAUCUAAAAAAAAAAAAAAAAGAAGAAAAAAAAAAACAAAAAUCCAUCCAUGAAAAAAAAGUUCAUCUCCUAGGUACCAAAGAACACAUUUAAUAUCCUAGUGCAGGUAUUUUAUUGCAAUGAUUUUAAUAUUCCAAAGCUAUUUUUACACAAAAUACUAUGUAAAGUUAUAGGUAUAAACUGAUCUAGCUGUAUGACACAUUACACACAUAUAAUCACGACUGUUAUUUCCAAUUCUUGCAGCAUUUGUUUGAUAGGUUGAUUUUCGGAACUGGCAAGAAAGAAUGUAGCUUCAGAGGAGCAACCAAGGUGCCAGCAGAGAGGUCAAGGCAGCACGUGCCCUGAUGGGCUAGAUUCUCUCCCUGCAGUCCCCGUUAAUGUUCCUUAGGUUUAACCUGACGGAAGAUGCCCCAAAUCUUCACAAACCCCAUCCAGGACUCCCCACUAAGAUUCCAUCUGCGGCCCAGGCCGACCCCAGCCCCUGCCAUAAAAGGGUCCGAACGUUGUACCAGGCAAACACAGUUCGACAGGUUCUCCCACCCCCAACAAACACACACACUGAGGAAAGGCCUGAGACCCUCCUGAUGGGAUUUCUAUUCUUUCCAGGUCUUCUUCCCAAAGUGUUAAAAAUGGGAAGACGGGGAGUUUGGGUGGCAGAGGGUCCUGAAAGAGAAGGUUUUACCUCAACAAUUUCAGCCUCCAUAGAAAUUCACAUUCUUUCUUGUUGCUGCUCCAGUGAGAAGGGUAAUGCAAAUCUAAGAUUCCACUCUCUUAAGAGUUGUCACUGAUAGGGUCCCUGAAUCAAUUCUCCAAACAGAAUGUGACACACUGCUCCAUUCUCCUCAACAGAAUAUGACCUUGCUCUAUCCUCCUCACAUUUCUGCCCAAACCCAGACAGGGCCAAGGAGAUUUCUAGAACCAGAAGUGAACUAAAGAUAACAAAGGGGUAUUGGAGUCAGAGCGAGGUCACCUACAGAGGUCGGAGUUCCCUCUGGAAAGUUAUCUCCUAAUUAAAAUUAGACUAAGAGGCUGACUUGCGCGAGUUUAGUUGCCUCGGCUAUUAAACUAGAGUCUGGCAAAAUGUAAUUCUCUUGUCAGCAAAGAGGCUGCACAAUUUUGACACACUUUGGGGAUCCCUAGGACCAAGCUCACUGAAUUCUAGUCGACACCAUUUCGGAAAGAUGCAAGACUAAACUGUCAUGACUCCUCCCGAGACCACCGCUGAGUGAGAAAAGGAUGCCAACAUCCAAACUACCAGUUGAUUUUUUACCAAAAAAAAAAAUAAUAAUAACCCAAAAGCUACAGUGCAUUUGCCUUGUGGGGUUUUCUCUGUUUUUAUUUUUUUCCAAAAUCCUAGUCUUUUUUUUUUCAACAUUGCCUUCUAUGCACACCAUAAUUAUCAAAUCAGAACUCGGCUAUUGAAAGAAAACAUUUAAAUUGUGUCCCUUCAGGUUCCUCUAUAAAUGCACUGUCGGAACUGUCUGAAUAGAGGGACGGCACCAAUUGAUAUGUACUCUCUCCAGGAUUAAAAACUACUACAUAAUUUACUUAUAAUUUAUAGAAAAAAGCCUUAUUUAAAACUUGACCAUGAAAAAUGCAGGGAGAUUCAAAAUACAUUACCACAUUUUUAGAAUUUUCCAUCGUAAUGUCUUUUGAAAAGCAAGCGAUUUACCUAUUUGCUCAAACCAAAGAGAAUAUUCAUACCAGCGUAGAAUUUGCACCAAUAUGCAUUUUCAGAACCUAAAGUUACUCUUCCUCAGAAAUAAUUGUUGCACGAGUUGAUUUUCUUCUUUUAAUCAGUCUUCUGUUCGGGACUAUAGAAGACAUUCGCUGUUUAAAAUCAGUUCUGGACAAAUUCAGCCUCCUCAUACUCAAUAGCCUAAUCCUAUCUCAUGCCCCGGGAACACCUUCUUCACUCCCACUCCCAAUGCCACGAGGAAAAAGAAAUGACCCAAGUUCUGGUUAGUUUUUUAUUGAUCUUGUGUUCGGGAUACCGACCCACUCCAUUGACCGAAACAGAAUCCCCACCACUGCCUGACUCACUCGAGAUCCGAUCGCUUGGGGGUCCCCUCACAAAACUGACCCCAGGAAAACAUUUUACAUUUCUUAGUUCCAAAGCUGCACUUAAACGAUCCCCUUCCCAGUUCCUUGAGAAAACAGAUCCCACCCGUCAAUCGAUCGUUCAGGUCCGGCCACGCCAGGAAGGGUUCUCUACGGGGAGCCGAGCGGGGGGUGCGGCGGGAUGGCGGGAGAGGGUCUGGGGAGGUGGGCUGGACCUCUUGAGAGACAGGGCUUCAGGCUCAGUUCAGGAGAAAGGGUUCUGGGCCCAGGGCUUAGCACGCCAAUCUCAGAAGGCCGAUUCCAGAGACCAAAGAACCAGGGCGGUAAGGGGAGGUGGAGGGGUCGGGGCGACGGAAGGCCCAAGGUUGAACUGACCAGUGCCGUUCCCCCGGCUCCAAAGCCAUAAGGGCCGCUUUCCUUUCGGGAAGCGCUGGGCUCGCUCUCCCCGCUCUCCUGGACAGCCUCGUCCUCGCAGGCUGAAACAGACCUAGCUAUACCAAAGAGUCGUAGGACACGUCUCCUCACGUGAGCUGCAAAAAGCCCCUCCCCUUCUUCAUACAUCAAGGAUGAAAACUAUGCAUUUAGCAAACAAAGAGAAAGCACUAUCUCCCUUUUCUAACUCGCCGUGUUUAGGGUGCAUUCACCGGUCGGAGGCCAUUUUGAGACUGGUUUGGCCUUCGGGUUUGUUAUUGUGGUGUGGUUAGCUUUACAAUACAUUUGGUAACUAUUUCCUAAAUGUUAAGGACAAAGAAGCAAAAGGUAAGAAAUAGCUACUUCCACGUGUAAAAAAAAAAUGUGUAAAGAUUGCUAUUUAUAGUGUGAACCAAAGACGCUACCUCACUCGAUUUCCAUUGGUGAUUUUAAUCACAUUGAUGAUACCAAAGAAUACCAAAGAUAUUUCAUGCACGGCCUUGUUCUGCAGAGGGAACUCAGCUCCUCCCCCCGCCCCCUCCCCGCGCCCCUCUUGCCUUCCCUCCCCCUUCCCAAUGUUCACUCAGUGUGUAGACUUACCUUCAUUCUGAAUAAUAAUAAUGGUAAUCAUCAUGAUAUUAAUAAUAAUAACGUGAACAUGACUACUGCUAGUAUUACUUAAUAAAUCUCUAGGCGAACAUAUUGCAAACUUUGUAAACUCAUAGGACGAGUGCCUUGCUUGAACCAAAGUGUUAAACCGCUGUCGACCUCUCUCACCUUAUACUCUUUGAAUACCUCAGCCUCUUAGAAAGGCCACUAAUGAAAAAAAAAAGGAAUAAUUAUUCACCGUGGUGCUUUUCCCGUGCAACCAUGCAAUGAAGCUUUCUUUGAUACCAAAGGAAAAUUAUUUUUCCCACUUUCUCGCUGACAAACCAAAGCUCCUCCUUCUCCUUCUUCCCUUGAGAUGCUCCCAUCACCGCUGAGUCCUUCCGGCAGACGAGGCCGUGCAUCGCUUUUACCAAUUCCUCCAAAUACCUCAUAGUAAUAAAUCUUUAGGGUUACGUUGUAUAGAGAGUCUAUGUGAUAAGGCAGAACUUACUAGUUUGAUAAUUGUUAAAAAUUACUUUUCAAAAAGCUUUAUAAUUCGUAUUUAUUUUGUAGUUUGUGUCGUUGGGGCGUUUUCGUUGUCAUUCUGUUCGAGGGUUUGUUUUGUUGACAGAACUGCUCGGUGAUGCUCAAGGAUGACUAUUUCUGGAAGUGUUUCCCAGAUUGGUUAAGGGUUGCGUAUGAUUGCAGGAAAGGAUAUGAUGCUUAAUUAUGGAAUUUUGUGUUUGUUAGGUGACGUUUUUUUCACAGGGUAAAAAUAUAUAUAUAUAUUCUCUUGUGACACUGGGUCGCUAUUUUUUCUCUAUAAUGUGCUGUGAUUUUUAAUUUAAUUACGUUUUGUAUGAGCUUAUUUAAUCACUGCUUUAAUUUAUGACUGUGUAGUUGAAACAGAAAAUUGUAUAUAGUAGAUUUGAAACAGCCAAA